AUGAAGUUCAUGAAAGUGGGCCGUGUGGCCAUUAUCACCCGUGGCCGUUUCGCCGGUAAGAAGGUCGUCAUUGUCCAGCCUAGCGACACUGGCUCCAAGGCUCACCCCUUCCCCUUCGCCAUCGUUGCCGGUAUCGAGCGUUACCCCUCGAAGGUCACCAAGCGCAUGGGCAAGAAGCUCGUCGACCGCCGCUCCAAGGUCAAGCCUUUCAUCAAGGUCGUCAACUACAACCACUUGAUGCCCACUCGUUACACUCUCGAGCUUGAGGGUCUUAAGGGUGUUGUCUCCUCCGAGACCUUCAAGGAGGUUUCCCAGCGCGAGGACGCCAAGAAGACCAUCAAGAAGGCCCUUGAGGACCGCUACACCAGCGGCAAGAACCGCUGGUUCUUCACUCCUCUCCGUUUCUAA